AUGAAGAAGAAAGAGAGAGAAGAAAUCGAAAGCUGGAUAAAGGGAGACGAAACUGGCGCUGAGAUGCUGAAACGGGUAUGGAGGGUCCGACCUUUCAUUCUCCCUCCGCCGCUUCACAGAGUCCCUCUCCGCGUCGGUAACGUCCUCGAACUCGUCGGUCCCUCUCCUUCCGCCAAAACUCAAAUUCUCAUUCAAACUGCAAUCACUUGCAUUCUUCCAAAACACUGGAAUGGCAUACACUAUGGUGGAUUUGAUCAUUUGGUACUCUUUAUUGAUCUUGAUUCUCGAUUUGAUAUCAAUCGUUUCGCUCAACUGCUUCUUCAUCGAAUUAUGGAACCUUACGGGGAAGCUAGUGGAGAUUAUGAUAAAUCGUUAUUUGAUUUGUGCAUGACUCGGUUUUUGUAUGUUCGUUGUUCCGACAGUUUUCAAUUUCUUCAGACUCUCAAGACAUUAAAUUGGCGCUUGGAUAAGGAGAAACAAGUUCACGGGGUUAGUGUUCAUUUGCUCAUGAUUGACAGCAUUGGAGCUUUUCAUUGGAUGGAUCGUGCAUCUAUGUUAUUGCCUCUAAAAGAAAACAGCAGGAAAAAGCUUUUUCUUCAAAGUGUGUCCGAAGCUGUAGUUCAGGAUAUUAAAAAGCUUCUUCAGGUGCAUCCAAUGCUUGUUAUAGCUACAAAGUCAGUGAUUUUUUGGAAUAAGCAAUCCACAGCUUCAAUUGAGGUCAAAGGAAGUUUCAUGAAAAAUAAUUGGGAAGAGAGAAGUUCAAGAAAUGUAACAAGAAACAGUCAACAUGUUGAGUAUCGUGAGUACAUGCCUUCUGCCUGGCAGUCCUUUGUUACACACCGAAUACUCAUACGUUCUUCAGACGAUCAUUCUGUUACAAGCAACUGUCAGAACUCCUCAUUCUAUUUGUUGGAAUGGUUAUUGCCAAGAUUGAGUUUUUCAGACAAGAUUGUAGUGAAAGAUACUGGAGUUUUUGUAGAUUCAUGA